GCGCGACUGGAGCCGCCGGGAGGUAGGCGCGGGACAGGCUGCUGCGGUGGCGGCGGGUGGACCGAUUGUCGCUCGGCGGCGGGAGUCGAAAUGCUGGUUAUUUCGGUCACUUGCCGAUGACUUCUGAUGUCCCAGCAAAUGGCAUUGUUGACUGCUGAGAAGAUACUUCUGAGGACCCACGUCUAAGGUGGACUUGGCUCGCACUCUUCUGGUUAGUCCCUGAACAGGAGUGAUGCCUCCAGGCAGGUGGCAUGCUGUCUAUCCAGCUCAGGCCCAGUCUUCGAGGGAGCGAGGGCGGCUUCAGACAGUAAAGAAGGAAGAAGAGGAUGAAAGCUAUACUCCAGUGCAGGCUGCCAGACCACAGACGCUCAACCGCCCUGGCCAGGAGCUGUUCCGCCAGCUCUUCAGACAGCUUCGCUACCAUGAGUCUUCGGGGCCCCUAGAAACUCUGAGCCGGCUCCGGGAGCUCUGUCGCUGGUGGCUGAGGCCUGACGUUCUCUCCAAGGCACAGAUCCUAGAGCUGCUGGUGCUGGAACAGUUCCUGAGCAUCCUGCCUGGGGAGCUCCGGGUUUGGGUGCAGCUCCAUAACCCUGAGAGUGGCGAGGAGGCUGUGGCCUUGCUGGAGGAGCUGCAGAGGGACCUUGAUGGGACAUCAUGGAGGGACCCGGGCCCUGCCCAGAGCCCAGAUGUGCAUUGGAUGGGUACAGGAGCCCUGCGAUCUGCACAGAUAUGGUCCCUUGCUUCACCUCUCAGGAGCAGCUCUGCUCUGGGGGACCACCUGGAGCCUCCCUAUGAAAUAGAAGCACGUGACUUCCUGGCUGGGCAAUCCGAUACUCCUGCUGCCCAGAUGCCUGCCCUUUUCCAGAGAGAGGGGUGCCCAGGAGACCAGGUAACACCAACCAGGUCCCUGACAGCCCAGCUCCAGGAGACUAUGACUUUCAAGGAUGUGGAGGUGACCUUCUCCCAGGACGAGUGGGGGUGGCUGGACUCUGCUCAGAGGAACCUGUACAGGGAUGUGAUGCUGGAGAAUUAUAGGAACAUGGCUUCCCUGGUGGGACCAUUCACCAAACCUGCUCUGAUCUCCUGGUUGGAAGCAAGGGAGCCAUGGGGCCUGAACGUGCAGGCAGCUCAGCCUAAGGGGAAUCCAGGUGCUGCCCCUACAGGAGAUGACCUCCAGAUUAAAACAAACAAAUUCAUCUUAAAUCAGGAACCUUUGGAAGAAGCAGAAACCUUAGCUGUGUCAUCAGGAUGUCCUGCAACAAGUGUUUCUGAGGGAAUUGGGCUCAGAGAAUCUUUUCAACAGAAGAGCAGGCAGAAGGAUCAAUGUGAAAAUCCCAUACAAGUAAGAGUUAAGAAAGAAGAGACCAAUUUCAGUCAAAGGACAGGAAAAGACUCUGAAGUAUCAGGAAGUAAUAGUCUUGACUUAAAACAUGUUACAUAUUUGAGAGUUUCUGGAAGAAAGGAAUCCCUUAAACAUGGCUGUGGCAAACACUUCAGAAUGAGUUCACACCACUAUGACUACAAGAAAUAUGGGAAGGGGCUCAGACACGUGAUUGGGGGCUUCAGCCUACAUCAGAGAAUUCAUAGUGGACUGAAAGUGAACAAAAAGGACGUGUGUGGAAAAGACUUCAGCCUUAGCUCUCAUCACCAACAUGGGCAGAGUCUUCACACGGUGGGAGUGUCAUUUAAGUGCAGUGACUGUGGAAGGACUUUCAGUCAUAGCUCCCAUCUUGCAUAUCAUCAGAGACUUCACACUCAAGAGAAAGCAUUUAAAUGUAGGGUGUGUGGGAAAGCCUUCCGGUGGAGUUCCAACUGCGCGCGGCAUGAGAAAAUUCACACUGGAGUGAAGCCUUAUAAAUGCGAUUUAUGUGAGAAAGCUUUCCGACGUCUGUCAGCCUACCGUCUGCACCGAGAAACCCAUGCUAAGAAGAAAUUUCUUGAAUUGAAUCAGUAUAGGGCAGCUCUCACCUACAGCUCAGGGUUUGAUCAUCAUUUGGGAGACCAAAGUGGGGAGAAACUCUUUGACUGCAGCCAGUGCAGGAAAUCCUUCCACUGUAAGUCAUAUGUUCUUGAACAUCAAAGGAUUCACACCCAGGAGAAGCCCUAUAAAUGUACCAAAUGUAGGAAAACCUUUAGGUGGAGAUCAAACUUUACUCGUCAUAUGAGGUUGCAUGAGGAGGAAAAAUUCUACAAACAAGAUGAAUGUCGUGAAGGCUUCAGGCAAUCUCCUGACUGCAGUCAGCCCCAGGGUGCUCCCGCUGUGGAGAAAACAUUUUUGUGUCAGCAGUGUGGGAAAACUUUUACUAGAAAGAAGACUCUCGUUGACCACCAGAGAAUUCACACAGGUGAGAAACCUUACCAGUGUAGCGAUUGUGGGAAGGACUUUGCCUAUAGGUCAGCCUUUAUUGUUCAUAAGAAGAAGCAUGCCAUGAAAAGAAAACCUGAGGGCGGGCCAUCUUUUAGUCAGGACACAGUGUUCCAGGUUCCUCAGAGCAGUCACUCCAGAGAGGAGCCCUACAAAUGCAGCCAGUGUGGCAAGGCCUUCCGCAAUCACUCAUUCCUCCUCAUCCAUCAGAGAGUUCACACUGGAGAGAAGCCGUAUAAGUGCAGGGAGUGUGGGAAGGCCUUCAGAUGGAGUUCCAAUCUCUACCGACAUCAGAGGAUUCACUCUCUUCAAAAACAGUAUGAUUGCCAUGAGAGUGAAAAGACUCCAAAUGUGGAGCCGAAAAUCCUCACUGGUGAGAAACGUUUUUGGUGUCAAGAAUGUGGGAAAACCUUUACACGUAAAAGAACCCUUUUAGAUCAUAAGGGAAUACACAGUGGAGAGAAGCGCUAUAAAUGUAAUCUGUGUGGGAAAUCUUAUGAUAGAAACUAUCGCCUUGUUAACCAUCAGAGGAUCCACUCUACAGAGAGACCUUUCAAAUGUCAGUGGUGUGGGAAAGAGUUCAUUGGGAGACAUACCCUUUCCAGUCACCAGAGGAAACACACCAGAGCAGCACAGGCUGAAGGUAGCCCGCCUGCGCGGUCUUCCUCUCAGGACACAAAGUUGAGAUUACAGAAGCUAAAACCACGUGAAGAGAUGCCCCUCGAAGACUGCAAAGAAGCUUGCAGCCAGAGCUCCAGGCUCACUGGACUCCAGGACAUAAGCAUUGGGAAAAAGUGUCACAAAUGCAGCAUAUGUGGGAAAACUUUUAACAAGAGUUCACAACUCAUUAGCCACAAGAGAUUUCAUACUCGAGAGAGGCCCUUCAAAUGCAGCAAGUGUGGAAAGACCUUCAGGUGGUCUUCGAACCUGGCUCGGCAUAUGAAAAACCAUAUUAGAGAUUAGCCUGGGACCUGACAAUGACAGUGGGGGUGGGUUCUCAGUCCCCUGCUAGAGAACCCUUAAUUAUAGGCAGUGUGGAGUAACUUUGAUAAAGGGCCCAGCCCUUUCUAUUUUGGAAGCUAGUGACAGAAUGUCAAGGAUUUAAAAGCUCGGGGAGUCCCCAGCCUGCCUGCUAGGAUGUGACUCUGGGGAAGCGCAGCACAAUGUUCUUUGGAGCCCUUCUGGAGACUUGGGCCCCUAGGAGUGGCCUCUGCACCAUAGCCUGCGGCUCCCCUAUUCAGGUCUCCUUCCACAACUCUGAAGAGAGAGACCACUGCCCUUUGUGGUUGGACAGAAUAUCUGUGGCAUCAUGGGCUAUGGCUGCUGGAAAGGGGCCAGUGGGAUCCUAGAUUUAUCUUCAAGUUUGGCCUGUGGCCAUGCCUAUUCUGUUGACUUUAAAAGCAGCAGCAUCAAGAACUCCUAGUCUUCCCAAAUGCCCCCUGGGGAGUUCUGGCUGGGGCUUCAGCCUUUCUGGCUGGCUUUUGGAUAUCUGCUAGGGGGUUAGAGUGGUCUCAGUGGCAGGUGGAGGAGAGCAGGAUGCUGGGCUCAAGUGCUUGGCGUGUGGAACUCUACCAGUACCCUGUUGCCAUCCCCAUCCCACAGGCCUGCAUAGGCAGCAGCGAUCCAUCUGUUUAACAGAAAUGUGCUGAGCACUCCCAUACACCAGGCACUGGUGUGUUUGCCAGAGACCCAGCAGGGACCAGAACAGAUGAAAAUCCUGCCAUCUUGGAUCUUUACAGAUGACAAACAAAUGGGAUAUGCAGUAUUCUGGAUGGUGGUGUGUGUAGUGGACAAAGUGGAUCAGAGAAGAGUGAGAGGGAGUGCUGGAUUGGGAGAUCAAUUGUGAUUUUAGAUAGUCUGGUCAGGGAGGGCCUCAACUGAGAAGGUGAAAUUUGAGCAAAGACCUGAAGGAAGCCAGGGAGGUAGCAGGUAGCUCUCUAGGGAGAGUUGCAGGUAGAGGAGAUUGGGUCUUGACUGGUGUCCUCAAGAUAGCAAGGAAGCCCCUGGGAUGGAGUGCAGGGAGCCAGCUGGAAGGGAAGGAGAGGGGCCAGGGAGGCCAUAGGCCCGGCCAUGUGAGCAUCAUGGGUCAUUACAGGGGCUUGAGCUGCCUCAGAGGGAGGCAGGGAGCUUUUGGACAAUUUUGAGUUGAGGAGUGAUGUGGUUUGAAUCUGAAUUAUAUUUUAUAAGGGUUAACCACAGAUCCAAGGACUCAGUAAAAUGGAAUGGGUGAAAGGUUUCUCAUGCAGUUACCCUUGCUGCCAGUUGCCAUAAGUCAGACUCCUCCCCACUCCAUUUCUGAAUUUUCUAUAGGAUCCUCCGCCUCAGCAGAUGUAAAUGCUUACCAUUGUUGUGUUCAUGUCUCUAGCCCCUGCACACUGCAGGCCCCUCUCAGCUUCACAUACCCCUCUCCAUGUAUGAGAUCUGGUGCUAGCAAUCAGAUUCAACCCGAAGGAACAAGUGCAUGUGCCUGCUGCUCUCAGGAGAAAAGGUGGCCUGUUCUGGGAGGAGCUCCCUCACUGGCCCACCCACUUGUGUUAAAGCAAAAAGCAAGAAUCAAUUACUUAAAGGCAAAGGAGUGAUAUUGCUGAAGCAUGUGAGUAAUCAUUGCUUCUGAUUAUUGAAGAGGUCAGAUUAUAAAUGAAAGGAUAAAAUGUUUUAAUAGUAUAGCAGUGUCCCGACUGUAGGGGCCCAUUCACGGAGCUGGUCAUUUCUUGAAAUGAGAAGAAACCAACCUGGAAGAUGUCUUUUUCAGUAGAGUAUGGAAUAAUCUUAUCUGCUCUGGAUUGCCAUGAGCAGGUGAAAAUGAAGGCUCUGAUACUGUGUGGUGGUGUCACGGGAUGGUAGGGGCGAGGCAGAAGUCUCCUGUUGGUGUUCUGAUGCCUGUUCAGCUUUGUCCUCAGGAAGGUUUGGUCAUCUUGGUUCUGUCAUCCUCUUGCCUUCCUACGGCAGCAGCUGUUCAUGGCACUGAAGGUGUCCCUUCACUGUCCCAAAACUGGCACUAGAAGUGGCUGGGCAGGGGGGCCAGAGUCAUAGGAAGGGUCUUGGAGUCAUCGGAUCUGGGUUCCAGGCAUGGUGUGCCUUUUCUUGGCAGGAUUGAUCUUGAGCAAGUCAAUGAACCUCUGCAUCGAUUUCCUCAUGUGUGAAGUUAGAGUGCUUGGCUGUGCUACCUGAUUCCUGAGACUGGUGAAAGAGGGCUUGGUUUACCAAGGAUCUCCAUCAGGUGGUUGACCUCUAGGACCAGGGCCCUCUCAGAGGUGCAGCUUCCAUGUCAGUUGGUCUUACAACCAUGGAAAUGUCCCUUUCCAAUCACAUUUUUAGCACCCCUUUCCCUCCCAUCUCUGCUCCCUUUGCCACAGGAUACCUUGUAAAGUUCCUGCCCCAGUACAGGGGUAUUUUUACUGUCUUUUUUUUUUUUUUUUUUUUUGAGACAGUGUUGCCUAGGGUGGAGUGCAGUGGCAGGAUCACAGCUCACUGCAGCCUUGACCUCCCAGGCUCAGGUCCCACCUGAGCCUCCCGAGUAGCUGGGACUACAGGUGCGUGCCACCGUGCCAGCUUAUUUUUUAUAUUUUUUUUGUGGAGACAAAAGUUUUAUUUUUUUUUCCCAUGUUGCUCACACUGGUCUCAAACUCCUGGGCUCAAGCAAUCCACCCACUUCUGCCCCCAAAGUGUUGGGAUUACAGGUGUGAGCCACUGUGCCUGACCUGUCAUUUUUAUAGAAUGAAAUGUGCUUAUUUUUAAACAUUCUAAUCAAAUUUUAAAAUGUGCAAAGAAUGAAGUGAAAAACAGAAUUUUUUUUUUUUUUGAGAUGGAGUCUCACUCUGUCGCCCAGGCUAGAGUGCCGUGGCGCGAUCUCCACUCACUGCAAGCUCCGCCUCCCAGGUUCACACCAUUCUCCUGCCUCAGCCUCCUCAGUAGCUGGGACUACAAGCGCCCGCCACCACGCCCGGGUAAUUUUUUGUAUUUUUAGUAGAGACGGGGUUUCACUGUGUUAGCCAGGAUGGUCUCGAUCUCCAGGAUGGUCUCGAUCUCCUGACGUCGUGAUCCACCCGCCUCGGCCUCCCAAAAUGCUGGGAUUACAGGUGUGAGCCACUGUGCCCGGCCAAAAAACCAGAAAUUAUUUUAUCCUGAAGUAAGCUGUUUAUAUUUGGGAUAAUACUGAUCCUGUUUGUCCAAUAACCUGAGUUUUCAAAUAAUUUUAGUUCUAUAAGUACUAUAAUUAUAUAAAUAUUAAUGAAUUCAGAUUAGCUGAAAGGAAAAAAAGUAGAAGCCUGACUGACUCCUUGGUGCUAACUACUAAAGAUUUUGGCAGAAUCAGUGUUGGAUUUGGCUUUCCUGUCCCUUCCCCACGCCAGCCCCCCAGAGUGUUCUGCCUUGUGCUGCCUCCCUUCACCUGGAGUGCCACACCCCUGUCUGUGCCGGUUUAGCUCUUCAUUCUUCAAGGCCUGACCUUGUCUGACCCUUGUGCCUCUAAACCCGUGGCCCCACCUCUCUUGGUGCCUAUGUCAGGUGAUGUUUGUGUUUUUGGUUAUGUCCAUCUCCAUAGCCAGACCAAGCACUCUGGAAGCCAGGGUUGGGUGCUUAUUUAUCUGUUUGCCAUGCAGAAAAGAUCUUGCACAAAAUUACCUCUGUUAAGGAAUCUGGAACUGAAUUUAGUUUGGUUGAGUCAGGGUUGGGGUUUUUUUAAGGGGCUGUGGGGUGAAAUGUUGACUGGAAGCCACCCACAAACACACACCUGCUGGUUAGGAACCCAGCUGUGGGUGGUUCUGAGCUGUUCGGCUUCAGUUGACAGUUUCUGAUUGCCCUAAGCACCAGGUCUCAUCUUGCAUCUCAUCCUGGCCUGGAGAACAUUCAGGUUCCUUCCAGCCCUUCCCACCUUUCCCCCACUCCCUUGGAGGAACUGAAGUUGGGGUUGAGGAGAGCCAGAUGGCUGGAGUGGGUAUUUGAAGGUCUUUCUGUCACCUGUUCAGUGUGGUCUGCCCCACCCCUGCUGACCAAGACUGACCGAAAUGUAAAAUAAUACAGAACAUCUCACACUCAGAAAGCUGGCACAUUUUGAAAGCCCAAGUGUGGGUAAGUGUGUGGAACAACGAUAAUUCACACUGCUUUUAGAAAUUGUGAGAAAUACUGUGCCAGGCAAUUUGCAAAAUCUUGGAAGGUUGUGUGCACUUAACCACCCAGCAACUACUCCUGGAUGCAUCCUAGAGAAGUGCCAUGUGAACAGAGAAUGAUUUUAAGACUUCACUGAAGUAUUGUUUAGGUAGCAAGGUUGGGAAAAGCCUGCAUUUCAUCAGCAGAAGAAUGGAUAAAUAAAUGGGUUGGUUUUGGUCCUUGGAAAAUGAAUAUGAAAGAGUUACGUCUCAACACAGAUAGAUGAAAAAUUAUGCUGAGAAAGUUGGUGAAGCUACGUACAAGGUACUGUUUGUGUAAAGUUAAGCAUACUGUGUACCUGUGGGCACGUUACUUCAACUUGUUUUUCACUUUUUCUGUAAAAUGGGAUAGUAGUGGCAAUCUCACAGGGUGAUUGUGGGUGGGGGGUGGUCAAUGAAGUAAUGCAUGUAAAAUGCCUAGAAUAGUGUCUAGCAUGUAAGCAUUGUGGACAUAUAGAAAGUGUUAUUGUUUUGCACAGUAAUCUAUUUUCUGUGGAUUCAAAUAAUAUGAAAUGAGUAUAAAAUCAUGUAUUGGAACGAUGUGUGCAAGUCACCAUUCUGCCUUCCUAAGGCAGGAGACCUGAUGGAUUUGGGGAGGGUACAUGGGGACUUCAGUUGUGUUUUCUUUGUUUUUUUUUCUAAAAAUUGAUGCAGAGGCAUCAGAAUGUUAAGAUUUUAACAGGAUAGUGUGGUGGGUACUUUUUAACUGUUUGCUUAAAGUGUUUCAAAGUAAAAAUAUUUCUUAAGCAUGGUCUCUGACAUCUUAUGACUUUAUAGAAAUCCCUGCCAGGUACAUGAUGUUACUUAAGAGUGAGCCAAUUAAUCUUUCAAGGCUUCCAUUUCCUCACUGGCAAAAAUUGGGAGUGUCAGAGGCGUUUGAACCAGAGUGACUCCAUCUUGAAUAGGGAACUGGGUAAAAUAAGGCUGAGACCUACUGGGCUGCAUUCCCAGGAGGUUAGGCAUUCCAAGUCAUGGGAUGAGACAGGAGGUCAGCACAAGAUACAGUCAUAAAGACCUUGCCAAUAAAACAGCAUGUGGUAAGGAAGCUGGUCAAAACCAAGAUGGCAAUGAAAGCGACCUCUGGUUGUCCUCACUGCUGUAAUUAUACUGUAAUUAUAAUGCAUUAGCAUGCUAACAGACACUCCCACCAGUGCCAUGACAGUUGACAAAUGCCAUGGCAGGCCUGGCAUGAUGGCUCACGCCUGUAAUCCCAGCACUUUGGGAGGCCAAGGCGGGUGGAUUAUGAGGUCAGGAGAUCGAGACCAGCCUGGCCAACAUGGUGAAACCCUGUCUCUACUAAAAAAUCAAAAAUUAGCUGGGCAUGGUGGCACUCGCCUGUAAUCCUAGCUACUUGAGAGGCUGAGGCAGGAGAAUCUCUAGAACCCGGGAGUCAGAGUUUGCAGUGAGCCAAGUUGGUGCCACUGCACUCCAGCCUGGGUGACAGAGUAAGACUCUGUCUCAAAAAAAAAAAAAAAAAAAAAUGCCAUGGCAAUAUCAGGAGUUACACUACAUGCUCUAAAAAGGAGAGGAACCCUCAGUUCUGGUAAUUGCUCACACCUUUCCAGGGAAACUUAUGAAUAAUCUACCCCUUGUUUAGCAUAUAAUCAAUAAAUAACCAUAAAAAUAGGCAACCAGCAGCCCUUGGGGCUACUCUGCCUAUGGAGUAGCCAUUCUUUAUUUCUUUACUUUCUUAAUAUUAACUACUUUCAGUUUGUGGACUCGCCCGAAUUGUUUUCUUGAGCAAGGUCCAAGAACUGUCUCUUGGGGACUGGAUCACGACUUUCUGGUAACAGGAGCAAUACAAAUGGCUAUUAGUAAACGAAUGCUUAAGUAACUCUAGUACAUCUAUGAUAAAAUACCAGGCCACAGUUUUUUUUAAAAAUGAAGAUAUUCUCUAUAUACUGACGCACAAUCACCAAGACAUGCACUUUAUAGGAAGUUAUAAACUCCUCCUUGCCUAAAUCUCCUUAAUUUUGCUUAAUAACAAGUGAAGCCAGAAGCCAUGAACUCAUAAUUUUAAUGAAGAAAUGGGAUCCAGAGGAUGGAGAUGCUUUUCAUUCUACUUUAUUAGAUGAGGAAAAGGAGAGUAAAUACUUGUAUGCCAGCUACCACACCUUUUAAAGUUAAUGCUAACCCUGCUAAGAACAGCAAGGAGAUUUUAUAUCAGCCAGAUUUUAGUUGCCAGAAACCACACCAGUUAUUUUAGCAAAGAACUUAAAAGAAGCGUACUAUAUUUAAGUAGCUAAAAAGGCAAGAAGAAAAUGUCAAGGUGUCUUGGAAAAGGCAAGAAGAAAAUGUCAAGGUGUCUUGGAGGUAGUAACUGCUAAGCAGCCGCCACCCCAGGACUGGGGGAGCUGGAAUAGAGUCCCUCCAUGUUUGAUGUUUGUCUGCUAACAGCUUUCAAGCUCUCCCCCUCAAUUUGCCCGGAUCUGGACAAGCUGAUAAGAAAGCCCAGGCACUUCCUCUUUGCGCCAGAUGGGAAGUUCAAACUCUGCAAACCCUGACUGUCAGAAAUGCACUGAGCUCUCAUAACUACAACAAAAACCAGAGCCACCUGCCCCUCCUUUUCACUGAAGCCCAACAGACUGGCAUGGGUGCCUGCUUUGCUUUCCCUAGAAAGCCUCAUGUGAAUAGUAAACUUUUUCAUAACCUC